UUCGCGGGAAAAAACCCAGAGUACUCUCUCUAACCUCCUCUUUGAUUAUUUCUGCAAAUUUCAAUUUCCUCCUUCAGAUUUCUGAGUAGCCAAAACAGAUCUCGAAGCUCAUGAGCUACUGAGACGUUGAAUCUCUUCGCUGAGACACUGAACCGACGUCGUUUCAGUUCUUGAUCGAAUUUUCGGUUUUCUAAGCUGAGCUUGAUUCGAAUCGAUCAGCUCAGAAAUCCGGUUUGAUUUGAUUAGAAAUGUCGAGCAUAACAGCUUGCGUUCGGUUCAGGCCUUUGAGCUCCGGAGAGAGAAGAGAUCACGGCGAUUCGGUCUGCAUUCACUGUGUAGAUUCGCAGAUUUUCGUCUUCAAGGAUGAGAAGGAAGAAGAAUUUACGUUUUGCUUUGAUAAGGUGUUCUACGAAAACUCGGAGCAAGCUCAGGUCUACGAAUUUUUAGCUCUGCCGAUUGUGAAAGAUGCUGUUGAUGCUAUCAAUGGCACAAUCAUCACUUAUGGACAGACUGGAGCUGGGAAGACGUAUAGUAUGGAGGGGCCUAGCAUAAUGGUAUGCGAUGAGCAAAAGAGAGGAUUAGUUCCGAGAAUAGUUGAUGGACUGUUUGAUUGCAUUAAGUCUUCUGAAGGAACAGUGAAGUACUCGAUCAAAUUGUCAAUGGUGGAGAUCUACAUGGAAAAAGUAAGGGACCUCUUUGAUUUGUCCAAAGACAACAUACAGAUCAAGGAGAGUAAAGCUCAGGGCAUAGUGUUAAAUGGAGUGACAGAGAUCUCUGUAUCGGAUCCUGCAGAAGCAUUACAGACCCUAUCUAGUGGGAUAGCUAACAGAACUGUUGGAGAGACCCAGAUGAACAUGUCCAGCAGCAGAAGUCAUUGUAUUUACCUAUUCACAGUUCAGCAAGAAUUAAAGAAAGAUAACAGGUUGAAAACCGGCAAAUUGAUUCUUGUUGACUUGGCUGGUUCUGAGAAAGCAGAGAAAACUGGAGCCGAGGGAAAAGUUCUUGAAGAAGCCAAGACCAUCAACAAAUCCCUCUCAGCCCUUGGAAAUGUGAUAAAUGCUCUCACAUGUGGUUCACCAGGCAAAGCAUACCAUAUCCCAUAUCGUGAUUCCAAACUCACUCGGCUUUUACAAGAUGCACUGGGAGGAAACUCACGUACUGCAUUGUUGUGCUGCUGCUCACCAAGCCCUUCAAAUGCAUCGGAGAGUCUGUCCACUCUUCGCUUUGGAAUGAGGGCAAAGCAUAUAAAGAUGUCACUGCAUACCAAGUCCAGUGAAGAUAAGUAUGCUAAAAAGGAUGGAUCUCCCUCUUCAAGUAAAAACCAGGCCUGUGAGAGAAUUUUGGACCAGUUGAGGGACAGAUUUGAUGUUGAAGAUGUGGUGUUACUUGAGGAGUUGUUCAGAUUGAGUGGAAUUCUCUAUGAUUCUGGUUCACCUGAAGAUUUGGAUUCGGCAUUUGAGGAUGUCACUUCACAGACAAUUAUCCAAUUGCAGCACAUGGUGGAAGAGCUUGUAUCAACUGUAGAGGAGCUCAAGAACGAGAAUAUGACUCUGAAGGACAGACUGGCAGCUGGUGAAAGAUCCGAUACACAACGCAAAGAAGCUGGAGGUCAUAUUUCAAGCCUUCUGCAUAGAGUUUCAGGCACUCUCGGUUCCUUUCUACCCUGGUUCUGACCACUCUCGUCUACAAAGUUGCUGAAAUGAAGACUAUAAUUCGUCUCACACCAGAAUAUGAAUUGCAGUUCAUUUGAAGUUCCUCUGAAACUUCGUGUACAGGUUUUGCUUACAUGUUAGCUUGUAAGGAAUAUUCAAAGUCCUUGCUUGCUCAGCUGCUCUACGGUGCUUCAUGUACAACAGCUUUAAGAUCCCCAUUACUAUUCUCUAUUCCGAUAAUGCCCUUAGAGUCAUGUUCUAAGUUCUAACAUCUGGAUACUAAACGCUAGCUUUUGCGGGGACUCAUUAACUAACAUAGCGAUGAUUGUUGGGUUUGUGUGUACCUAAUCUGCUUUAAUUAACUUGGACUCAUCAUAAUCUACUAUAAUUGGAGGGUAAGAUAGUAAUUGAACAUACAAACUUGGCCUUUUGGCUUCAUUCUGGAUAGGCUGAAUUCAAAGCAAACUAAAUUUUUCUUUCUUUGGUAAGAAAAGCAAACUUUCUCUGUGCAC